AGCCGGGAGCCCUGUGGGGCGGGGCUGUGCGGGCUCCAUUGGCAGAAAGGGGACCAAAAAAGAAAAAAAAAAGACAACUAAACUUGACCAUCUCUGUAGUGAUUGGAGUGGAUGGGCGGAGGCGGAGCGAGACGCACAGGGACCCUAGCCAGUCGGUGUCUGGAGUAGCGGGGGGCUCCGGGAGGGGAAGGCAAGCGCGCGGUGCAGGUCACCUGCCGCGGGGUCUGGCGGGAGGAGUGCGCCGGCCUCCGCGCUUCCUGUUUCCGGUUCCCGGAGAGAGGCACAACCGGGUCCUGCGAGAGCACCGUCCUGUGACAGGAGCUGUGGGACUGGGGUCUGCGGCUGGUCGCUGGUGGCCCCGGCGCCGGCUCUCGGAAGGACGUUGGCUGGGGAUCCUGCCUCUCUGCUUCUCAGUUUGCCCGCGACACUUCAUCUUGAAGGAUUCAUCUAUAAGUCAGAUUAAAAGUUACAUAUGUGGGUUUCCUGCUGCAGGUGUUCUUGGCACGGAGAUACUAAAAUAAGGAUGUUCCCCUUCUAUAGCUACUGGAGAACAGGACUGCUACUACUGCUGCUCUUGGCUGUGGCAGUGAGAGAAUCCUUGCAGGCUGAAGAAAAAACUUGUGACUUGGUGGGAGAUACAGAUAAAGAGUCGAAGAAUGAGUUGGCUCUACUGAAGAGACUGAAACCACUAUUUAACAAAAGCUUUGAGAGCACAGUAGGCCAGGGCUCUGACACAUACAUGUACAUAUUCCGGGUGUGCCGGGAAGCCAGCAACCACAGCUCUGGAGCAGGCCUGGUGCAGAUCAACAAGAGCAAUGGGAAAGAGAUGGUGGUGGGGAGGCUCAAUGAGACUCACAUCUUCAACGGAAGUAAUUGGAUCAUGCUGAUCUACAAAGGUGGCGAUGAAUAUGACAACCACUGUGGCAAGGAGAAGCGUCGUGCAGUGGUGAUGAUCUCUUGCAAUCGACGCACCCUAGCAGACAACUUUAACCCUGUGUCUGAGGAGCGAGGCAAAGUCCAGGAUUGUUUGUACCUCUUUGAGAUGGAUAGCAGUUUAGCUUGUUCCCCAGAAGUCUCCCACCUCAGCGUGGGCUCUAUCUUACUCCUCACAUUUGCAUCACUGGUUGCUGUCUACAUCAUUGGGGGUUUCUUGUAUCAGCGACUAGUGGUAGGAGCCAAGGGAAUGGAACAGUUUCCGCACUUAGCCUUCUGGCAGGACCUUGGCAACCUGGUAGCAGAUGGUUGUGACUUUGUAUGCCGUUCUAAGCCCCGAAAUGUGCCUGCCGCUUACCGAGGUGUGGGUGAUGACCAGCUGGGGGAGGAGUCAGAAGAAAGGGACGAUCAUUUAUUACCAAUGUGAUUGUACUUUGAGUAUCCAUCCUCGUCCCCCAGACCAAAGCAUACUCAGCCAGGUUUCUCACGCAUCUCCCCUCUCAUCUUGUCCUUAAUAGCACUUUGCUUCCCAGUUUGCUUUGCAUUUGCAUCCUCUUCACACUAUCUGCCUUCCCUGUGCUCUUGGUUUUGUUUUCUAUAGGUACAGUUGGAUUGAGGGAGCAGGGCCUGGGAAAACAGGCUACUGCAUUAUGGCUACCAGAAGGUACAAGACAAGUAAUGUGGGCAAAGGGGUUAUUGGCCCAGUCUUUUUUAAAAACACAUUAUCACAAGUUUUUUAGACACUGGAUUUCUUUAAUUUAAAAAAAAAAAAAAUCAAAGGAACAUUAUUUAUACAGACCUGAUGGCUUUCAUGCUAACUCUACCCUACAGUAGUCUCCAUGAGAAUCUGGGUAUAUGUAAUUUCUUGCUGCUUGGAACUGCUUUACAGUGAUUACUUGGUUGCAAUCCAAGUACUCCCAUUUGGUCUCAGCCUAGGGGUGUUCUAGACUUGGGAUCAGGAUAGGGAAAAUGUGAAACUCCCCAAUUACAGAAUUGUAAGACACCACACUUGUGGAUCUUGUGUUACUUUAUAGCUAGAAUUGGGGCUUGGGUUGUGGUGGUGUGGUUAACCACUCCAUAUGUAGCCAAAUGCCUAAAACAGCAAUCCAGCCCUUGGAUAAGACAGUUGGGACUACCCUCCUGUCCCUCAGACGUUCCAGCACAGGGCAGUUCUGUUUACUUUGAGGUGGAAUUUCCUCUGGCAUUUCUCUCCCAUUUGUAGUAGAAACUGGCAAAGCUGUUCUUACCCUAUCUCUCUACAGUGUUUCUAAACACAUACUGCACUUUUUCCGCUGGCCUGUGGUUUUGCUUUUUCCUCCCAGUCUUCUGGAAAGGAGAUAGAAGCAGAAAUGGGACAUGCAGGUUCUGCAGUCCUCUGCUCUAGCUGUGGAUGCUGCUGCCGCUCCUGACCCUGCUGCUGGCUCAGGGAAGUGUGUCUUUCCCACAUUUCUGUGGGAAAAGUUUUUAAUCCUCCAAUGCUUCUGUCUUUCUGUGUCGGCCAUGUACCCAGAAUCCCAGGCUGAUCUUCCUAUAAUAGUGAACCCUGGGCCACUAAAGAGUAACAUGGCUCCACUGGACACCAGAAGGAUGGAAUCAAUAGGCAGGGGCCUUUUAUAAGUCUUUAGAGAAGAAAAUGAAAUUCUUUCACCUUUGGACUUUUCAGUAGUAUUGGAAUGGUUUUGUGGGUUUUAUCCUUUCAGAAUAGGAAAACUAAUGUUACAAAAGCAUCUCCUUUUUUAUUUGCAUCUUCCCCCCAUAUCCUGGUGUUUUGUUGAACUGAAAAAAAAAGGAAAUAUACACCAUUUUUUGUACAAAAACAAUGAUUAAAAAAACACAAAA